AUGAUGCUCAACUGGAAGCUGCUGGGGCUCCUGGUCCUUUGCCUGUGUGCUGGAGGCAUCUCAGGCAGUGAGGACCCCUCUCCCAGACCCACAGAAGCCCAAGAAGAAAAGGACUCCCCAGCAUUGCCAUUGGGCCCCCCAAUCCCUGGUGACCCCUGGCCAGGAGCACCUCCUCUGUUUGAUGAGCCUCCACCUCCAGGCGCCAACCGCCCCUGGAGAGAUCUGCCUAAUGCCGGUGCCUGGCCCCCAGAGCCCCCUAGCACUGAUCCCCCUCAGCCUCCUCUGCCUGAUGACCCCUGGCCAGCAGGAACCCAGCCCCCAGAAAACCCCUGGCCACCUGCCCCUGAAAUGGACCACGGAUCUCAGGAGGAACCUGACCUCGACCCACCCCAGGAAGAGUUCAGAUAG